AGGUGCAACGCUGGUUUCUGAAAUAGUCGCUGCAGAAAAGCUAAAGAGAAAAUCACCCAUUUCAUGGUAAACCCUUCGCUUAUCUUGAGUAGCGGAGCUGUGUUCAUUACAACAGCGGAAACAUAAAGAACGGAGCUUAUCCAUUACGAGAUGGCAUCUGCAAAUGCGACAUACGGACAGAAGGAAUCCUCGGACCAGAAUUUUGAUUACAUGUUUAAAAUCCUCAUCAUUGGGAACAGCAGCGUGGGAAAAACCUCUUUCCUCUUCCGCUAUGCAGAUGACUCAUUCACGCCGGCGUUUGUCAGCACGGUGGGAAUCGACUUCAAGGUCAAGACCAUCUAUAGGAACGACAAGAGGAUAAAACUACAGAUCUGGGACACUGCUGGUCAGGAGCGCUAUAGAACGAUCACCACAGCCUACUACAGAGGAGCAAUGGGCUUUAUCCUCAUGUACGACAUCACCAACGAGGAGUCCUUUAAUGCUGUGCAAGACUGGUCAACCCAGAUCAAGACGUACUCAUGGGACAACGCCCAAGUCCUCCUGGUGGGAAACAAGUGUGAUAUGGAGGAUGAGCGGGUGGUGGCGUCCGACAGGGGGCGCCAGCUCUCAGAGCAACUUGGUUUUGAGUACUUUGAAGCAAGUGCUAAAGACAACAUCAACGUGAAACAGACGUUCGAGCGACUGGUGGACAUCAUCUGUGAGAGGAUGACAGAGACUCUGGACAACAACGACCCAACAGUCAUCGGAGCUAAACAGGGGCCACAGCUCAAUGAGCAGCCCCAGAGGUCUCACCAAGAUUGCGCUUGCUGAAUGCACACAUACGUGCACACACACACACUGCUUGUCCUGAUUUUUCAAGGUUUUUUUAGUCUGGAUUUUGCUGGUUUUGUUUUUUUUAAAUGCAGAUGCAAAACAUCCCUGCACAUAAACACUGCCAUCCAUCCACAGCCCCACACCAGCAGCAGUCUGCCCAGAGAUGGGCCUUCCAGGGGCUGUCCUUCUGCUCAGCAACAUUCCCUGACUCUUUCACACACUUCUUAAACACACUAAGGUGUAUGUUACCAGAUGUGCAACAGUUGUAAUUAUUGUCCCUCUGAAAAGAUGUUUGUUGCUGAAGUGGGUUCAUGCAGGCGUGUUUUGGAGGAUGUGAGAUCCUCUUUUUAGUGUUGUGGUGGACUUUUAGGGAGAUUUUGAAUCUAAGUUCGAUGUUCAGGCAGAGUUGUUCUUAAAUUAAGAAAUUAUUGAAUUAAUUUAAAUAUUUAUCUUCAAGACAUAUAUUUACAAUAGAUCUGAAAAGUGUCCAAACCUUUGUUUAAAAUGUAGGGUUUUGUGACUUAAAAGAAGGCCGUGAUAAAUUAUCUCAAAUAAUUUUUCUUUAUUAAUGAGACAUACAUCCUGUAUAAUCCAACUGAAAACAAAUCUGCUUUAGUAAAAAAAAAAAUAGAAAGGUGCAACAACCCAGAUGCAUACAUUUUCACACCCUUAAGCUAAUAUUUUGCUGAAGCUUCUUGUCGUUGACUUUAACUAUUGAGUCUUCUUGGCGCUCUACAGCUUGUUUUAGGCCUUGUCCAAACAUAGCCAGAUAUCUAGGGAAAAAGAUACACUUGUUUCAAUAACCUGAUUAAAAGUAGUUCAACCUAUAUAGGUGUCUAACCAAAUGAUACUCCUGGCACCACGUUUCUUCCUAGUAAAAAGCCGUGGUUGUUUUGAAGCAAACUGAUUCUGAGAAAGGUUGUAGCAAUGCGCUACACUGCCCCCUAUGGGUUUGGCAUGUUUAAAACCAAAACUCACAGACAGAUCUGUUUGGGUUCACAUAAAUGAAAUGUUUUCUGAAACUGAUCCCACUGAUACAAUAUUAUUUUUUAAAACAAUUUGGAGGACAUAUUUGAUUUUAUAAAGAAACAGCCGCGUGUUUACAAACUUUAGUAAUAUUUACCCACUUAGAUGUAUCAAAGUUCUCCAAAUCUAUCCACUUGUGAAGACAUAUGUUUUCCACGGCCCUUCUUGGAUUCAGAUUUACUUCUUGGCUCUGGUGAAGUUAUUCUCCUCAGAUUAACAGUGAUGCUAAAACAUCAAAUCCACCUCCAACUUCAACUUUCUAGGAGACAUUUUGGCAUUUUCUUUGGAGAUGUGCAUAAUCUCACUGACUGACAAAACAUCUUCCUCUGAAAAUAAGCACACCCAGAGCAUAAUGCUGCCACCACCAUGUUUCUUUGUAGGUAUGUUGUUCUUUUAUUGAAACUUACUGUUAAUGUGGCCCAGAAAAUCCAGUUGGGUUUUAUCAGAUGGUAGUGGAAAUUCUGGAUGUGUGCAGGAGUCUGAGAUCCCAGCUCCUUUUUCUGCUUGUUAUCACAUCUAGAACACACCCUGCAGCUCUUUCUCUGCAGCUCUUUCCAUGUUGCUGUUAGUCUACUAACAACCUCACUGACCCAGUGAUAACAUUUCAUCAGUUCAGCAUCAUAGCUUCAUCAGUUCUGGAGAAAUAUCCUGUUAACAGAACACGGCCGUUGUCUCUAUUUUAUUGAUAUCUGUUUUCAUUGUGCUGUGAUUUGAAUGUAGUGCUGAGGAUUUUCAUGUACCAUCUUCUGACUGGUACCUUUGAUUUUUUUCUACAGAGCUAUAGCUAAAGAUGUUGGUAACAACAUUAGGGGAAAAUUUAUCUCCAGAACAGCUGAAUGUUAUUUACAUUUAAUCAGAUUUACUAUGAUUUAUAUAGUGAUGAAGUUAGGAAGACUAAAUUGAAAGUAUUAGUUUCAGUGUUUGCACACUCAUGAAACUAGAUAAUUACAUAUCUAUUUUCCAUCUUCCCCUCUAACUGAUGUUUGUUUCCAGUUGAAUUGAACAGGAUGCCUGUUGGACUAGAUCUGGGGAAAGUGAUCAUUUGAUCACAGUUUUCUUUAUUUUGCACAAACCUAGCAUCUUAACAAAGGCGUUUUUACUUCUGAGAGCAAAAGCAUAUAGUAAUCUCUAUGAAAAAUUAAAGUCAACAUUCUGAUUGGACCUGGAUAAGGAACAUCAUAACCUGGAUGUUUGAUGCUUUUAAAAACUCAUUGGCUCUAAGUCAUACAUCACAGUAGGAGAAUAUCAAAUGUCUCUGGCCAUUCAAGAUUUUAUAAAUAUAAAUGUCAAUAAAUAUGCAUUCUAAAAUGCAGAUAUUUAUAGUAUCCAUGUAAACUGAUUGGGAAGCGGUGGUUGCUGUAGUCAGAGCUGCAUGUUUUUGAUGUUUUGACGCUUCUUCUGACUGGUUUAUUUGUAUGUGCUGCUGAUUUUACUUGCUUUACUCCCAUCUUUCUCACUCCCUCUACUACUUUAAAAUGCCAUAUGGGUGUGAAAGUUUGAUGUUUAACUCUCGACACCCCAAAGCUUUUAUUCAGUGCAUAUAGUGGGUGUUGGUCAUUCCUCCCUUCGCUAUUCCACUCUUCUGCAGUUUUAGUUGUUUCCUUCCCUGCAUCAGAACAUUUUGUACCAAUCAUGCAUCAAUCUGUUCUCAGCCAAGGGUACGUCUUGUACCCACUUUAACAACCAGUAAUAGGAACUUUUUAUGUCCUGCUGUAGGGAAUAAUUCUAUUUAACUCAAUUUAAAAAAACAACUUAUUUAUCCUAAAAGGAAAUGAAAUGUCUUCACUCAUCAUCCAAGUAUCUUCAAAGAGUUGUUGUUGAAGGUGAUGCUGCAGGCACAAAGGAUCUCCAGUUGCUGUCAGUAUUGCAACAAAUCUGAAGAAGCGUCUACCUGAAUCUUGUUGGCUGUAUAACAUUAUCAUGGCUGUCAUGAGAUCCUAACCAGAAUCCAGGCAGCAGAGACAAAAUUCCCCAGUAACAUGUCCUGGAUUACUCUAUCAGUUGUUGGGAAGCUCUCCUAAUCCAUCUCAUUUGCUGUUGCCACAUCUUUUUUUUAGAUGUAUAGUUAGAAACCGAGAAAGAGAGACAUGGUGUCUGGGAUACGAGUUCUGUAAAUCAUUUUUUAAAGAAUAAUUUCAUAAGAACCAAGUGGUCCAAAUGGUUGGAAACAUUCUAAUCUAUGAGAGUUGGGUUCCAUUGAAAAUAUUACAGAAAUGGUACUGAAUUAAAUUAGACUACAUGUAUGAUCAGAGCUAUAUUUUUUUUAAUCUUCCUUCCAUUAUUCUUCUAAACACUUAUUUAUCAAGAGAUAUAAAAUUAUGCACAUUGGUCAAGUGGAAACUAAAUGGUUGGUUUGUUUCCAAAAAUGGAAGUAGGUGGGAAGAAGAUGAGGUUCUGAUGAAGAGGUGAAGGGACACAUUGACCCAGAGACUAAUUGGACUAUCAGAACCCUAAUUGGUCUGUUUGCUUUCUGCAGAACAUGUUGGAAUUUUUGAGGCUGUCUGGUUUAGUUUAUGCCAAUGCGGUGAAGGACGUGUCUGCGCUUGUUUUCACUACUAACCAACUGAUGCAGUCAUAAAAUCGCUGAGGCAUGCGCCAAGUGUUUCACAUGAAUUAUUUAUUUUCUUAUUUAUGAUCGAACUUUUUUGUAGUAUUUAAGAUUAUGCAAUACAUUCUGCACGUUUUGAGAUGUUUGCUCAUAUUCAGUAGCCUGAUGUUUUCUAGCACUUCUGCUUGUAUGAGUGUUAGCAGAGCCGCAUGGAGGAUGAUUCCUUUUGGGGGGAGAGUAGAGCAUUAAAACAUUCCAGAGUGAGAACUUAUCAUGCUCAAGUAGCUUUAUUGAGGAGUAUGUUUGUCAUUUUGUAACUGCUAUGAUUGCUAUUUUUUUUCUCACACUCAGUUAUUAAGAAUGUACAACUUAGAUUUGCAACACAAGGCGUGUGAGUAAAAGCAACUGAAUAAAGAGCAUUUUCAAGAUUUGUUUUCUCUUUUUAAGUGUUCUGAAUAAAUGUAGGGUCCAAGUUCCCUGACUGUUGGUUAGAAAUGUUCUGUUGAGCCUGUCUGCUGUCAGAAAGGGAAAUCACUGCUGCAGGUUACCUGAAUACUCGACUUCUUCAUCAAAAAGUGAUUUUGACUAUUUUUGUUCACGUUUGACUUGUUUACUGAUUUUUUUAAAAUUAUUAUUAUUAUAUUUAUUUAUUGUGUUUUGCUACAGUUUUAACUUUGCUGAAGAUUAAAAAACAUAUCAGUCCUGUUCUCAUUCAAUCCUCCAUGGCAGAAUUCCUAACUGUAAAUAGGAAUAUCCUUCCUGUCAGAUAAUAAUUGUGUGAACUGUGCUGUAAUUCUGUAAUACCAGGUUUACUGAAAUAAGGAACCAAUAAACCGUAAUAAAAGCAG